UCAGAGUGGUGGGGCCCAUAACAGUUCAUAACAACAGAGUAUCAGGCUUUAAAAUCUGAAAAUCAGUCUAAAAACAUCAGGGCUGGGUUGAUGCUUAAUGAUAUUUAAAAAUUAAUGAGAUUUUUUGCUUGUUUAUAUUGAUAUGGUAGUGCUGUGUUAGUGUUUAGAAGAGAUCUUUUAAGAUAAAGUGCACCAUCUGGGCUCUUCAUCUAAACGUUGUGAGUUCAGUGAGAUAGCUCAACAGGCAGAGGGGCCUGCAGCAUUGUGAGUUCAGUGAGAUAGCUCAACAGGCAGAGGGGCCUGCAACAUUGUAAGUUCAGUGAGAUAGCUCAACAGGCAGAGGGGCCUGCAGCUGACUAAACAUUGUGAGUUCAGUGAGAUAGCUCAACAGACAGAGGGGCCUGCAGUUGACUCUGGCCUGAGUGUAGGCGCCGACUCUCACCUGGUGGACGGAGAGAACCUACUACUGUAGGUCAUCCUUUGACCUCUCCACAUGUGCCCACACAUACAUAACAUCGUGAGGAAGGGAAUGGAAUAAGGAUGUCGAUAUUGGCCAUGAGUUAAGUGAAGCUUUUCUGUUCUAGGCACCAAGCGUCUUGUAGAAGGAGAGAUUAAUCCAGGGCAGACCUGUCUGAUCAUUGAGGAUGUCGUCACCAGUGGGGCCAGUGUUUUGGAAACUGUUGAAGUUCUUCAGAAGGAGGGCCUGAAGGUGACUGAUGCCAUAGUGCUGUUAGAUCGAGAGCAGGGAGGCAAGGACAAAUUGCAAGCUCAGGGGAUCCGUCUCCACUCCGUGUGCACGUUGUCCAAAAUGCUGGAGAUUCUCGAGCAGCAGAAAAAAAUUGAUGCCGAGAUGGUGGGGAGAGUGAAGAGGUUCAUUCAGGAGAAUGUUUUCAUAGCAACUAAUCACAAUGGUGUUCCCCCUCCUGAGAAGAAAGCAUGCAAAGAACUCAGCUUUGGUGCACGAGCAGAGCUGCCUGGCGUCCACCCACUUGCCUCAAAACUUCUCAGGCUGAUGCAGAAGAAGGAGACUAAUCUCUGUCUAUCUGCUGAUGUCUCUGAGGCCAGAGAGCUGCUACAGCUAGCAGAUGCCUUGGGACCCAGCAUCUGCAUGCUCAAAACUCAUGUCGAUAUUCUGAAUGAUUUCACUCUGGAUGUAAUGGAGGAGUUGGCAGCUCUGGCGAAACGCCAUGAGUUCUUAAUAUUUGAAGACAGGAAAUUCGCUGAUAUAGGAAACACAGUGAAAAAGCAGUAUGAAGGUGGCAUCUUUAAAAUAGCUUCCUGGGCAGAUCUAGUAAAUGCCCAUGUGGUACCAGGCUCAGGAGUUGUGAAAGGUUUGCAGGAAGUGGGCUUGCCUUUACAUCGAGCAUGCCUGCUCAUUGCAGAAAUGAGCUCUGCUGGUUCCUUGGCCACUGGAAACUAUACCAAAGCAGCAGUUGGGAUGGCUGAGGAGCACUGUGGAUUUGUGGUUGGCUUUAUUUCCGGCUCCCGAGUAAGCAUGAAACCCGAGUUUCUUCAUUUGACCCCAGGAGUUCAGUUAGAAACAGGAGGGGAUCACCUUGGCCAACAGUACAAUAGUCCUCAAGAAGUGAUUGGCAAGCGGGGUUCUGAUGUCAUCAUUGUAGGCCGGGGAAUACUUGGAGCGUCUAACCGCCUGGAAGCAGCCGAGAUGUAUAGAAAAGCUGCCUGGGAAGCUUACUUGAGUAGGCUUGCUGUUUAAUGAGAAGACACUGAGGAUGCCUAGUGUCCCACAAGUCACUGGUUUCAAAGCAACAGUGCCCUAUGGUGCUUAGGGUCCUACCCAGCACCAGUGAGAGAAACUCUGGAGCCAUCAUAUGCUCUUUAACGUGAGAUCACUGCAUUGGUACUAUAAUGAGCUCUUUUUAACGCUUGCUUUCAUUGAGACUGGUAUUUGUUGACAGCCACUUAACCUCCUUUAGUACCAUGAAGCUGGACUCUUAAAUGGAGGAGUUCUGGUUCACUCUACUUCAGGCAUUGGUGUAAAAAGUCACAGCUUCUACUUGCUUCAUCUGGACAUCAGACUGCUGCAUCUAAGAAAACAGUAGUACCAGUUCCCCACAGCUAGUGGGCUGGAGGCUCAUAAUGGAUGGCUCAGUGGUUAAGAGCACUGUUGCUCUUCCAGAGGAUCAGCAUUCAGUUUCCCAGCACUCACAUGGUGGCUUACAACCAUCUGUAACUAGUUCCUCCAACUUCUAGCUUCCUUGGGCUGCAGAUCCACCCUUUAUAUAAUGUACAUACACACACUUUUGAAAAGUAGUCUUUGACAAUGCUAAAUUAGUGCAAAAGUCUGUGCCCGUUGCAAGUGGAAUUCACAGCUCUGCUGUGUCCCAGUUGUUGGUGUCAUGUCCCCCCCACACACACACACAAACUUGAGCCAUUGCCCCCUUUGGUUCACAUCUUACCGAGUGAAGCACAUCACUGUGGUUUACGUCCUCUACACAUCGUCUGCAGUGCCUUCUUAAAAGAUCCUUUAGUAGUCAGCAGAUAGAUAGCUGUAUGUCAGUAGUGCAGACUUGAGAAGACUGGUGUGUAGCAGAUGGAAUGGUCUAAGAGUGAGCCUAGAUGCCUGCUCACUUCAGCACCCUGUAGUCCACACAUCUAUAAAAAGAUGAGCAAAGUGCAUAACGUCUAGUAGAGUGGAAUCCAAGCAGUUAAAGCGAGUGUUUGAAGGAAGUCAGAUCACAGCAUGAUCCCAUUAAGACUUUAGGGAGGAGAGUCAGAGACUUGGGUCUCAGGGUGGAUUUGCUAACAUCUGGGAAAUGCUGUCAGUAUCUAAGAAAAUGUCCCUUCUAGGCUUUAGUCUCUAACAGCUAUGUGCUUCCAAAGGGACCCUUUUGGUUUUACGGUGCAAACCUAAAUGGAGGGAGGUCCUGAAGUCCACACAUACCCAGGGUUCUAAAACAAUCUUUCAGUACAUUUCUAGAAAGCCAGGUCAAAGGGAAAAUGCCCAUUAGCGUAAUGUAUUAAAGCCCCUCACUGUGAAUUCACAUCAGCAUUUUGGGAAAUAGGAAACAUAAGCUCCUCCAGACACAAACUUCCUGAAUCAGUCCACCCAUAUAACUAACUACAGUACCUUUGGCCAACUCAACCCAUCUUAAAAUUCAGUUAAAACGUUAGCUUUUCCAGAUGAGCAUCACUCUUAACACCCAAUUUAACAGUUACACAAUUUACCUAAGAAAAUAACUGUCACUGGAAUGUCUCCAGUGUUUACUCCAUAAAGAUGUUUUCCAGUGACCUCUUCACUACCGCUGGUCCUCUUGUUUGGUAUGUAAACAAAAACUAUAGACUAUCAGGAGAACAUGGUCGUGUCCCACUGAAGGUGGCAAUUGCAUGGGAUCCUCUUGUAAAUAUUUAGGUGAUCCAUCACUGUU